UCAUCAAUUCACACACUAAAAUACCAAUUUACACUCAAUAGACGUCCAUAGAUAUACAAAAUUUAGAUUUCAAUCAGAUUGAUAAUAAAAUCAGUACACAUGUUGAGGUAGGUUGAGAUUUUGAAAUGAAAAGAUAGAUUAAUCAUUGAUAAUAUUUAAUCAUUUCAACAAUUGCAUAUAAAAAUAAGAACCAGAGUUGAAAGAUUUUAUUCACUCCUUGCAUGUGUAAUUGCAAAUAUUGAAUUACCCUUUUACAAUAACCAUUGCUAAAUAGCUAUUGUUCAUUUCAAUUUAGUUUGAAGUUUGUCAAAGUUUUUUCAACAAUUAAGAUUGAAUAUUUUCGAUUGAUUCUGACAAAAUGAUCAAGUUAAAUUUAAUUUUGUUGCUUCUGAUUUCAUUCUCGAAAGUGCUUUUGGUGAGCAGUCAAAAAUUGGAAUGUGAUUUUACAGAAGACUUCUGUGACUGGAAUGAUCAAGAGGUUCCAGGAUGGAAUCUGGGCGAAUAUGGUGAAGUUGAGUUUGGAAAACCAGCCAAAAGAAUUGAAAAUGGUGGUGGAUUCAUUUAUACCGAAAGUCCAAGCAAAACAAGCGUUCUAGAGUCACCGAUAUUUCCAAACUACAAAGAGCCCUUUUGCUUGAUCUUUAAUUAUUUCAUGUUUGGUUCAUCAGUUGGAUCUUUAGAGUUACAAUUAGAGUCGGUAAUUGGAGCUGAUAUCUCAAAGUUUAACCAAAAUGGACAAACUGUUUGGAGACAAGAAGGAUCCAAAUAUGAUGAUUGGAUCCUUGGUAAAUAUUAUUUUGAUCCUUCACAGCACAAUGGUGACAUGUUUAGGUUAAAGUUUGUAGCAACAUCAGACGAUAUUGCUUUGGGUUCAAUUUUAGAUAAACCUGGUUCUUGUGAUUUUGAUUAUAAGUGUGAUUUUGAAAAUCCGUCCUUAUGUUUUUGGAAAAGUGAACCUGAUUAUAACAUUAACUUGCGAUGGUUUGUGUCAAAUGGAUCAAACUCUCAACAUGAUUUAGUUGGUUUCGAUGCAACAACUCAUUCUGCAGCUGGACAUUUCAUGAGAACUCACUCGAAUGGAUUUGGUAGCUCAUCAAGUAAUCUAAUCUCAACAAAUUACUUAUCAUCAAGUGAAGCUAAAUGUUUAUCUUUUCAAGUUUUUAAGCAACAAUUUGAUUCGGACCUUCUACAAUUCGCUAUUGAGUCUGAAUCAGGUUCUCGCUCUGCAGUCUGGUUUCAAUCCUAUAUUGUCAAUCAACGAUGGGUUAAAGUUAAUUUAGAUAUACCAAUACAAUCUAAAACAUUCAAACUAAUCCUUUCAGCCCAUCAUCACACAGAAAGAUCAGCCCCAAUAGCGUUAGAUGAAAUAACAGUUAGUCCUCAGUCUUGCUCCUCUCUUGGUUCAUGUAACUUUGAUUCUGGUUUAUGUGAUUAUACAAUUAAAAGCGGGGAACUACUUGUUGGUUUUGGACGACUACCUGAUCCUACAGCAAUCAAGUGGACUCCACUUAAAAAUAUUGACCCAUAUGAUUUAUUUGUUUACACAAAUACGCAAAAAAAUAACGAAUCUGCUGUCUACUCAUUGGAAAGUCCUUACAUUGAACAGACGAUAGGAAAAACCUGUUUAACCUUUUCAUUUGCCUUUACAUUUCUACAAAAAGGUACUUUUUUGAUAAAAUUAACUUCAGGAGAUUCAUUAGAGAGCAAGACGAUUUGGUCAUUAGAUCCUCCAGUAUCAGAAGAAACAUGGAAAACAAUUCAAGUACCUUUGCCCUAUUCUGAUAAGUUUUACAAGUAUUCAUUUGAAUUCAGCGGAGUUCAACUGUUUGCAGCUAUUGAUGAUAUUGUGUUAGACUCUUGUGAUACACAACAAGAGACUCCUGUUUGCUCUUAUGGUGGUUUGGUCGAUCAAGAUUGUAUUGAAAUUGUUCCUUCUGCCUUCAACAAUUGGUUUUUCAAGAAAACUAGCCAAUUGGGUAACUCGUUGGAUCCUGCUUAUAAAUUUAAAAACGAUUUGGUUUUGUUUUUUAAUGAACCAGUUUCAGCUCAGAUUAGCUCAUUUUCCCACUUUUAUGUUCCUAAUCUAAAGUCAGAUGUCUCUUAUUGUCUCAAUUUUUGGUAUUUAAUCAAUGGAAAUAUUCAAUUGAGUCUAUGGACAGAUAAAGUAGAUUCAAAUUUCGACCAACAUCUUCGUAAAACACCAAUCGUCACAUUGAAUAGUCAUUCUGGUUCGAGCUGGGCUCAAGCAAAAAUACCACUGGAUGAUAUAUUUGAAGACAGUAAAUUAAUUUUUGGCGCCGGUUAUGCAGUCAAUUCUCAAGGAACAAUUGCUAUUGAUGGAUUAGAAUUGAAUGAAGGAACAUGUUCAUUCGAUUAUUUCUGUGAUUUCGAGGAUUCGUGUUCAUGGAAUAACCUCGGAAAAGAUAAAUCACUUACUUUAACUGGAUCAGGAAUCACAUACAAAUCAACAACUGAAUGGAUCAAAGUCAAUGCAAAAAAUUCAGGCCCUGAUAGAGACGCAACAUUAGGCUCUAGAGAUGGUCAUUUCUUGACAUUGAAGAGUGUUAAUGAAAAUGCGAUUCUUACAUUACCACCAUUUUAUCUGUCUAAAAAUUCAGCUGAAAUGUGUUUUUCUGUCAAAACGUAUACUUCUGGACAAAGCACUAUUGAGAUAAUAAGUGAACAAGGCGGUGUGCUCAAACUGAUUGAACAAAAGUCAAUGAAUUCGAUGAAUUGGGAACUUUUUCAAUCGGUUAUAAAGUUGGAUCCCAAUUCAUCUAAGGUCGGACAUGUUCAUAUUGUCGGUAGUGGUAGACUUGCUAUCGAUGAUGUUUCGAUUAGCCAGGGUAGCUGUCCAAUAGCUGGACCUAUUUUCACUUGUAAAAACGGAAAACAGUUAUCAACUCUUCAAGUCUGUGAUUUCAUUUCAGAUUGCCCGGGUGAAGGUGAAGAUGAACAUAACUGUGGUGGUUGCUAUUUCUCGUAUGAUCUUUGUGGAUAUACUCAUGAUAGCAAUGCUGAAUGGUUCGGUGAAAAUGGCAAGGCAAGAGCGAAAAGUUCAGAUUUUGGUAAAACACACACUAAACUUACAAGUCCAACUCUAAGGCCAACUGCGCCAACUUGUAAAUUGCAGUUUGGAUAUGAACACAAAGCUAAUGAUUUAACAGUUCUCUUGGUGUUUCAAGAUGGACGAGCUGUUGAAGUUUGGACAAAUAAAAUGUUGACGGAUUGGGACAAGGGGACUGUUGAAAUCAAAUUAGGUCGGAUUCCGGUUCCAUUUGCUGUUCAAUUCUACAGUGUUCUUAAAAAUUACUUUUUUGUCAAAGAUGCGACGAGUUUUGGUCCAGUGCAGUUUAUUGACUGUGGCUACCAGGAUACUAUUGAUAGCUUCGAGUCAAGUGAAAUUUAUAAUUGUAAAAAUGGAAGGCGCAUAAGUCAAGAUCAAGUGUGUGAUCAAUCAAUUGAUUGUUUCGAUGGUGACGAUGAAUUCAAUUGUGACAAAUACAAGAUUUAUUCAUUUGAAGAUAGCAGUGAUGCUGAGUGCUGGACUAAUUUGUCAAAUAAUAAUAUAAAAUGGAGUUUUGUUAAAGCUUCUGGACAAAUCUCUUCAACACCACCAAGAGAUCAUUCAACAGGAUUAGAAAAUUCGGGUUACAUGGCUAUUUACCCAUUGCAUGAUCAGCAAUCGGACUUUUCUUCAGCAAAGGAGGUUAGUUUAGUUGGUCCCAGGUUAACAUCAGUCGAUAAUUGUUUCAUGGUCUUCUAUUAUAAUACCGCUGGAGUUGACCUUAUAGUUUCAGUUUUCGAUAACAAUUCACGCCUUCAGAAGUUGCUUGAAAUACCUGGUGAUCUUGUUUUUGGCUUCAAACGUGCGAGUGUAAAACUAAAUAAGGGGAUCGUUUCUGGUGUAUUUCGUUUUGUUUUCACGGCUAAAUAUUCAGCAUCUAUAAAAUUGGACUAUAGUCAGUUUGGAAAUCCAUGGACACGGAUUUCCGAUAAUUACUAUGCUGCUGUUGAUGACAUUGUUAUUAGUGGUUCAUGUUUUCAUUGACCGAAACGGAAUGGUUUUGUCAUUUAACACGAAAAAGAGAAAGUAAAACAUCAAACAAUACUAGCUAAUAUAAAGUGAUCUUUAAUUAUAACCCAUUUUAUUAUGAGUUUUUUAGUGCAUCAACUGACAUACACAUCGACUUAUUGUAUUGACAAAUGAAUUAAAGAUCUUAUAAGCUCA